GCAAAUAUUUAAACCCGCUGAGCUCCUUCUGCCUUCAUUCCAGGAGCUCCCUCUGAUGAGCGCCUUGCGGUACUACUGCGAAUUUGUCGGUGCCUACUGGAUAUGCUGUCGCCAUGACACAGCCUGCUUCACCUACCGCCGAUGAACCGGUCAACUUGCUAGCUCUAGAUGGCGGAGGCAUUCGUGGAGUGUUAGAGUUGCUGAUUCUUGACGAGAUCAUGCGGCGCGUUCGAUAUGACCUGAACCUUGCUGAAAUGCCACGACCCUGCGACUACUUCGACCUCAUCGGAGGAACUAGUACAGGAGGUCUCAUCGCACUUAUGCUUGGUCGAUUACAAAUGACGACGGACGAGGCUCUUCGAACUUACAACUCCCUGGCACGCGCCAUAUUUUCAAAGGACAAUAAAAAAUGGUCGGCCCAGGACGGCGUAUUCAAAGCUACUACGCUUAAGGAUAAGGUGCAAGAAGUCGUUUUAAAGAAGGGCCUAGGAGACCUUAUGCUGGAUCCACCCGUCCAGUCAAAUAAGGGCAAAGCCUUUGAAGCCGCUCGUGCCACUACCGCAGCCCCGACUUUUUUCAAGCGGAUCGCCAUUAGCGAGGAAGGCCAAGCCAAAGAGGAGUUCAUUGAUGGCGGACUCGGAUGUAACAAUCCGGCAAGUGAGGUGUUAGAGGAGGCAAGGGACAUCUUUGGUAAUGAUAGGCUCGUACGCUGUCUUAUUAGCAUCCGAACUGGCUAUCCAGGCACGAUUGGCUUAUCAAAGCCAGACUCGUUCCAAAAAGUCUUGCCCACGAAACUGGUCAACGUGCUCAAGAAGAUUGCUACCGAUUGCGAGAAGACAGCAAACGGUUUAAGCGCAAGGUUCAAAGACCUUGAAAAUUUCUACUUCCGCUUCAACGUAGCUCAUGGUGCCGAGGGUAUCUCAUUAGAAGAAUGGGAGAAAAUAGGAGUGUUGACAGAGCACACGAAGGCAUACAUGGCAGAGGUCUCAGUUUCAAAGGCAAUAGAUGAGAUUGUGGAUAUACUAUGCCACCCAAAGAACACUGGGGUCACCUUAGGAAGUACCUGCAGUGUCCCGCGUAUUCCAAAUGUGCCUCAACCGGUGCAGAUGCGACCACAACCGAUGCCUAGUUCAAUAUUUACCGGGCGCAAGAAUAUAAUAGAGACUCUGGAAGCAUUCUUCUCAGUCAGACUAAAUGGCUCGGCUCCGAGAAGAGAAUACCUCUUGUAUGGAUUAGGGGGAGCUGGAAAGACACAGAUUGCGUUGCAAUUUGCCAAGGAAUGUCAAGAGAGAUUCGAGCGCAUUUUUUGGAUCGACGCAAGUAACAGACCCACGAUCGAACAGAGUUACAAGGGCAUUGCAGCCGAGAACAGCUUAGGCAGCUCUGGCAAAGGUAGCAAAGAGGCCGAGUUGGGCGGGGGAAACGACACCAAAGCAGUCCUCCAAUGGUUGGCAAAUUCAAAUCAAGAAUGGCUGAUCUUGUUCGACAACUACGAGAGUACCAAAAACCUACAUGAUCUUAUCCCUAGCAGCGACCGCGGGAACAUCUUAUACACCAGUAGAGAUCCUGCUCUGGGCUUAACCCUUCCUCGGAACGCUGUUUGUGAAGUUCUCGAAAUGGAAGGCGAGGAUGCUACCACAUUGCUUUUAAGAGCCGCCCAGCUUGAGAAAAGAGAAAAAGACGAUGGAAUACGCCAGCAGGCAAAGCACAUUGUAGAAACACUUGGCUUUCUCCCUUUAGCGAUCGACAUAGCUGGAGCGUCUAUCUGUAUGGGCCGAUGCCAUCUUGACGACUACAUCAAUACAUUUCACAAGCACCGGGAAGAAAUGAUGAAAGACUGCACAUUCAGAGGAGCGUCAAAAUAUAACCAAGCCGUAUAUACAGCAUGGGAUAUCUCGUAUGACGCGUUAAAAGAUUUUGCCAAAGGACGAGAAGGUGCGACAAGAUGUCAAGACGCAAAAGCCGCACUACAACUCCUCAAUCUGUUUGCAUUUUUGCACAAUGAAGGCAUCAUGGAAGAGUUAUUCAAGCGCGCCGGGGAGAGUCAACGCCUAGGCAACAAUCCUAAGGCCCGUUACACUUUUGAUUACUCCGCCAAACUGUCGGAACUACUGAUAGUUGAUGUAGACGGAAGUUGGGACCCUUUCCUAUUUCGAAAGGGGAUUUCAAUACUACUUUCAUUUUCGCUAGUCACGAAAGAUCAAAGCGGGCGAUAUUUUUCUAUGCACGUUUUGGUCCAUUCAUGGGCUCGGGACCAUAUGCCCAGUUCUGCGCAACCGCAUCAGCUAUGCGCUGCGACAGCGUUAUUAUCGUCAUCUAUUAGCUCGAGAUUUCUUACCGGAGAUUAUGCGUUCCGGCGACAACUGCUCCCGCAUAUAAGAG